GAUUGAGCCACUAAAACUACCACAAUAUGUCUGCAUAUCCCUAUUUUCUGUCAUUUUAGUGUCCACUCCUUCCUUAUUAUCUGCGUCUUUUCAGUCGUCGUCUGAAUCUGCUACAGACACGCCAGCUACCCCACAACAACAUUUAAAGGCGUACAAUCUUCACAACAAUAUAAAAAUGCAUUAACAAACAGAUUUUGUCCGCACUUAAACCAACGCGCUCUUUUCACUGGGAGCUGGUCGAAGAAGAUGACCCUUUUCUCUUCGCUUGAGAAAGCUUUGCUGCUGUGUGGGGGAGAGAGAGGGUUACAUCCUGUGGCGUUUCCUGUGUUUGUAAACUAGACGGUCUUGAAAACGUCGGGCGAGUGAACCUGAAAGUUUUAAUGCUAGAUGAGUGAGGUGGGUGUGGCUUCCCACCAGCCCGACCAUCCUGACUGACGGAUCUCUGGAUGACCUUGUCCCCACCCCUGUCCCUGCGCUCACAUACACCACAGCAAUGUCACAUCUGCCCAGCAGCUCAGUCCGCGACCAUAUGAAAUGGGCGGGGCUGCUUGGCUGCGAGGCUGUCCUCUCCAGCAUGGCCCUAAUGCAGGCCAGCUCCAUGGCCGCUCCGCCCAAAAAAAUGAUGGCUCCACUUGGCCAUGGACCACCGCAGAGAGAGGGACCUGAUCGUGCGCCCCAGAGCCAUAUGAUCCUCCCAUCCGGAAUGAGCUGUCCACCCCUGGUUAGGACCCACUUCGGAAAUCUUAUCCGGAAGGAAGGUGAAUUCCAAGCUCCCCGCCUGCUGGAUGAGAAAGAGAUGAGGGCCAACGAGGACAUGCAGCAGAAAAAAAAGAACAGGAAAUCAGUUACGCCCUGCAAAGUGAGAGAACAAGAAGGAAGGGGAGGGAAGGGCACAGGUGGAGAUGAGAAUGGUCCAUCAUCCAAAGUGCAGAAAAACUUUAUUUGUGAUCACUGUUACGGAGCAUUUAGAAGUGGAUACCACCUGAAGAGACACAUCCUCAUUCAUACAGGGGAGAAGCCGUAUGCUUGUGCCGUAUGUGACAUGAGGUUUAUUCAGCGUUACCACCUGGAGAGACACAGCCUCAUUCACACGGGGGUGAAGCCGUACGCUUGUUCCAUGUGUGACAUGAGGUUUUUCCAGCGUUACCACCUGGAGAGACACAGACUCACUCAUACGGGGGUGAAGCCGUACGCUUGCUCCAUGUGUGACAUGAGGUUCUUCCAACGUUACCAUCUGGCAAGACACAGCCUCACUCAUACUGGGGUGAAGCCAUACGCUUGCUCCAUGUGUGACAUGAGAUUUUUCCAACGCUACCACUUGGCAAGGCACAGCCUCACUCACACGGGGGUGAAGCCAUAUGCUUGCUCCAUGUGUGAUAUGAGAUUUUUCCAGAGAUACCACCUGGCAAGACACACUCUCACCCAUACGGGGGUGAAGCCAUACGCUUGCUCCAUGUGUGACAUGAGGUUCUUCCAGCGUUACCAUUUGGCAAGACACAGCCUCACUCAUACUGGGGUGAAGCCGUAUGCUUGUACCAUGUGUGACAUGAGGUUUAUACAACGUUACCAACUGGAGAGACACAGUCUUACUCAUACGGGGGUGAAGCCGUACGCUUGCACCAUGUGUGACAAGAGGUUUUUUCAGCGCUACCACCUGGCAAGACACAGCCUCACUCAUAUGGGUGUGAAACCUUAUGCUUGCACCAUGUGUGACAUGAAGUUUUUUCAGCGUUACCACCUGGCGAGACACAGCCUCACUCAUACGGGUGUGAAACCUUAUGCUUGCACCAUGUGUGACAAGAGGUUUUUUCAGCGCUACCACCUGGCGAGACACAGCCUCACUCAUAUGGGUGUGAAACCUUUUGCUUGCACCAUGUGUGACAUGAGGUUUGUUCAGCGUUACCACCUGGCGAGACACAGCCUCACUCAUACGGGUGUGAAACCUUAUGCUUGCACCAUGUGUGACAAGAGGUUUUUUCAGCGCUACCACCUGGCGAGACACAGCCUCACUCAUAUGGGUGUGAAACCUUUUGCUUGCACCAUGUGUGACAUGAGGUUUGUUCAGCGCUACCACCUGGCGAGACACAGCCUCACUCAUACGGGGGUGAAGCCGUAUGCUUGUUCCAUGUGUGACAUGAGGUUUAUUCAGCGUAACCACCUGGAGAGACACAGCCUCACUCAUACGGGAGAGAAGCCAUUUGCUUGUGACAUGUGUGAUAUGAGGUUUAUCCAGCGCUACCACCUUGAGAGACACAAGCGUGUCCAUAGUGGGGAGAAGCCUUACCAGUGUGAACGGUGCCAGCAGAACUUUUCACGGACAGACCGGCUACUGCGGCAUCGGCGGUUGUGUCAGGGUCGCGGCGUAGCCAAAGUAGAGAACCAGCCAUGCUGCGAACCACGCCCAUACCCCCAAGAACCCCCACCCGCACCCCAAACCUGGAGUCCCCUGCACCCCCCUCCAGGCCGACUGGCGGUUUGACAUUCCACCUUCCGUACAUCCACAACACCGCCGAGACGGGACAAGCCACAGGGUUUCUUCUUCUCAGCUCUGUACUGAGUGACACCACGCUCUAGCACAGACUGAUCUUGCAGCUCUAGUCUUGGGAUUACUAACGACAGAGGGACAUUUGUGUUUUUUGUUUUGUUGACUUUUUACUGUUUCUUUUACCUUCCUGUUUUUUUAAAGACGAGACUUUUCUGUGAUGAACAGUGGUCCUGUUUUGUACUUAAUCUAUUUGAUUUUUGAAACAAAAAAAAAAAAGGUUUUUAUUGUUCAAAUAUAUCUGCAUUUGGUGGUACUCGGGAACGGCUAUGGGUAUUGUUUAUCCUGAUGUGUUAGCAACAAAAUGGGAUGAAGUGGUGAGAGAAAAGUAUUUGAGCUUCUUUCUAAUUGUUCCUCAUGUGGCCCAUUUUGACUCAAAAAGAUUCUCACUUAGGUCAGAAUUUAUAAAACUGAACUUUCCUUCCAGGUGAAGCAAGGAAACCACUCUGACAUCUCAUGGAGGCCAGAUCCUGCUUGCCAUUGUCACUAACUUAGUGCUAAGCAUUACGACAUUUCAAUUAAAGCAGUAUCUGAUCUAAAUAUAAUUCAAACUACAGGAUUUCCCUGACUUUAUCAACUUAGGAGGUACAAUUUUAUUGAUUACUUUGUAUACAUAAUUGAAAAUGUUUAUUGUUUUACUAUGGGACUUAAGUGGUGAUUGUUUUUUGUGCACAAAAUGGGCCAAAAAAAAAAAAACUCAUUAGAAAUGGGUUCAAAUACGGUCUUCCAUCGUUUCAGUGAAAUCAUAAGGAAACCUGAGUAACUUGUGUUUAUUUAAAAAAAAAAAAAAAAAAAAAAAAAAAAGUAAUAUCAGACCGCGCUUCAUAACUGUAAACCAGGACUUCCAAGAAGUGGCUGAUGAGAGGGGCAGCCUGCAGUUGACUGGCUCUGUGUACGACAUGAAGGCUGGGUCACAGGAGUAUCACCUGUGGAUCUCAUGUUCUGUGAUGUGCUGAUGACUCAGGAAAUGGCACAGGAUGGCAACCUUGGCAAGUCGUCCUCCCACACUUACCGAGAGUUACUGCAAGUUCAGCUGUGUAUGUAUACAGUAUAUAUACGCAGAGAUCCCCAGUACGUAACAGAAAAGUGUCUCUCCUUGCUCUGUCCAUAGAUUCUGAUCUAAAAUGGCACAGGUUGGCCACUUGAAUUCCCAUUAUGUUGUUUGUACAGAUACUCUCAUUGUGAGAUUAUCGGGGGUAUACAAAAUCUUGUGGCCUUAGUGUGUAUCUUUAUUUUUAUUUUUUUUCCAUUUGCCUUUUUUCUCAACAGUUUAUUAUUGUGGAUCAGACGUAUUUAAGACGAGACAGCCUUUCAUCAUCAUGGUUUUUUUGUUUUCUCUUUUUUCCUAAAGCUGUCAUGGUUACAGAAUGUUGAUGGCUUCAGUGGCGCUAAAACAGACAAAUGUGUUCUCCUGUCGAGAGAGGUUGUCUUUUCAUGAUGAUAAUGAAUAUUUUGGGUCAUUGUUACUGAUUACAGUGUAACGCAGUAUGUGAAGCCCCCGGCAGUUUGACAGUCCUUGUGAGAAGUCUAGUGCUAAAUUGUUUCCCACUGCAGUGCUAUGGCUGGUCGCACGCCAUAGCAGAAUCAACACUUGCUUGACUCUACUACACACUAACAAUUGCCUUUUUUUUAUCCAAAUAUUAUGUGGUUGGUGUGUAAUAAUGAGUGUCUGUCAUGUCCUUGGGUUUAGCCUUAAGUAAGUGCGGAUACACAAAUAAUCAUUGUAGUACUAAAUGAUACUGUAACAAACCAUUUCUUUUACGUAUGAACUUUGAUCGUACUGUGUGAAAGUCUUUGAAGGUCAGACAGCAGAGAACGGGUUGACCACUUCCCGCUGAGAAAGUUUCUCAAACUUGAUCCUUUCGGUGACUGGUGAGCUAGUGAUUGCGUUGUCCUAACUGUUCUGUUGAAGCCAGAAAUGUAAGUGCUAGGUGAGAGGAUUUGGCUGAACAUACAUGUACAUAUCUAGACAUUACAACUGCUCUUUGAUGUCAGAGCAAGUAACAAAACCCAUCAUGGUUGAUUUCAGGGGACGAGAAAAUGUUUUUUUUUUUUUUUUUCCCCCCUGUUUGUUUUUUAAUUUGUUUAAUGUAAAAGGCCCAGGUAAGCUUUAGUUAAUGUGGAGAUGGAAUCCCAGAGUGCAUUAUCUGGUGUCUGAUUUCUAGGAUGAACAGAUGUUUGUGUUCAAUACAAGUAAGGAGCAGAUUACUGAGUUCAGUAAUAUUUUACCAAAAGUAUUAUUGGGGAAAAUUAGGAAAGGAAAGGUCCAUUGAUAUCAAGGAAAAGUUGUGCGGCGGUGUUUAAUUGUGUACAGAGAUGGGAUUCGGUUUGUGUGUUUUGAUAAGAUAAAGUAAAUCCAGUGGCAGCAAAGGCAGCAAGUUUGAGAAAUACAUUCAUUUGCUCUGGAAAGACUAUUCCAAAUGUGGAAGGGACACUGCUGGUGCGAGCACGUACUAAAAUGGCUGAUGGGCAAUACAUUAUAUAGUUGACAUCACUUGUUAAUACCUUUUUUGUCUUUUAUUGUUUUUAGUAUUAUCAAUCUCAUUGUUAAAAUGCAAUAGAGUCCUUGAGUCGCAGAUCAUUUGUUUAUAAGAUUGAGGUUUAAUUUUUCAGGCAGAUCCGAGGAUUUAUUUGUCUGAGAAUUUCUCAUAACAUUUUGAUUGUUUCGAGGACCUUUUUUAUUCUGAUGAAAUUGUAAACACUGGAGUGAAAGGAAAAAAAAAAAGACAGAUGGAUAUUUUUUCCUUCAGACUGUGCUAGAUUUUAGGUUUUAGACCAAGCCUAUUUCUCCUCAACUUGACACAGAAGGUGGACAGAACAAUUUGGAUCAGUACAGUUGAGAGCCCAGUAUGUUCGGUAAUUUAGAGGCAGUAGUACCACAAGAAAAUGUUUUCUUUCUUAUACGAAGUCCCUGGUAUUUGUAGUAAAUUAUAUUGAUAAUGGUAUUAGAUGAACAACAGCAUAACAGUAGCUAUCACAGAUUAGUUGUUUUCUUUAUUAGUCUUGCAUGCAGAGUUAUGGUCCUCAGUUAAGAUAGGAUCUUGAUAUUGAUUAUUUUGUGUAGGAAAAUGAGUGCAUAAGAAUAACUUCCUAAAAAAAAA